CCCGUUCACUCUCCGGCAUGGCCUCUCAGGACGUCAACUCCUCUGUCUCGGACACCAAUGUAGAUACAUUGACCUCGCCCCCAGCAAACACGGUGGAAGACGUUGCCGAAGCUGUAGCUAAAGUCUCCCUACAAGACCAGGUGGCGGCGGAUGUCCACGACAAAUCUCCUGACACUGCUCGUCCCCUCAAAGUCUACACUCGCAAUGAGCUUCUGUAUCUCUCAAAGUCGUCGCUUGUCAACAUCCCUAAUGGCAUGCCGCAUCUCAAAGACUGGUUCGGUGAUUGGAAUGAACAAGUUGGGAGCAAGAAGGAAUCUGAAGCAUCUACUACGCCCAAUGCAAGGGACCGUCGUUUCCGAAGAGAUGCAGAUGAUGGAGACGUUGCUCGACCUUCGUUCCGCUCUGGCCUCUCGCAACCCUCUCAAAUGGGCAACUUCAGACACCAGCCCAUCCGUACGACCGACCGCACUGGCGACAAAGAUCUCGACCGGGAACGCGAACGUGAUCUUCGUGACCGCGAGGGACAAGAGCGGUUAAGAAACCUCUCUGACAAGUUCGACCGUGAUCGUCUCGCCCUGUCGUCUGCAUCUAACCUGCGUAACAAGGAACGCGAUGCAGCUCCACAUCUUUCUGGUGCGUCUACUGCACGGCUAGGCCAGACCCAAGGGAAUGGUCGUCGUGGAGAGGGAAGAGAUGUACCAAAGAGGAAAGCGGUUGAAAGUAGCGAUGAUUGGCGAAGAGGUGCGGAACCCAGCAAGGCUGGGCGAGAUGAAAGGACUGACCCCCGCCGAGAUCGUGACGCUCGUGAGAGGCCGCGUUCGCGUGUUCGUGAUACGUCUAGGGCAAGGCGAGAGCCGUCGACGACAAGACGUGAUCGUGAGGACAAGGAGCGACCUCGAGACCGCCGAACUGACGGCGACCGCGACGACCGACGAGAUAAAGACGAUAAUGGCCGGCGCGACCGCGAUGAUUACCCGCGCCGUGACUGGGACGAUAGUGUCGAUCGUGAGCGCGACCGCGAUGAUCACAAUGCAAGAGACGGUCGGGAUCGCUAUGAUCAUAAUCGCCGUGCAAGAGAUCGCGAUACCGAUCGUGACCUCGAAAACGAUGCCAGACACUGGCGAGAUGAUGGCCGCAGGGACGAACGGAUUGCUACACGGCGGGAGCGGGAGGCACGCGAAAGGGGCUGGGACCGGUUCGAGGACCGCGACAGGGAGCGGCCUUCCGCUGGCGACGAUCGUGACGCACGUACUCGCCGCGGGGCAGGACGAGACAGACGGUUGGGAGGGACCGAUGACAACAAGGACAGGGAAGAUCGCCGGGAUCGUGACAAGGACCGCGAGGCAGAGCCUGCGUGGAUGGAGACGUAUGUUCCGACCACUCCUGGCGGUGGCAUCCUGGGCGGCAAAGGUGCAGAGGGUGAGCUUGACGGAAUACAAGCGUUCAAGAAAGGCAUGAAGGAGAAAGAACGCAAAGAGAAGGGCGACAUCUCUGACACAGCCCAGGCUUCAGAGGCGAAUGACAGUCUCGACCGACAGCAGACUUCGUUGACUACUCCUGCCUCUGCCAAUGCUGAAACUCCCAUGGACGAAAUACAGCUGUUCAAGCUGAUGAUGAAGCGUGAAGCUGAAAAGAAAGAAGGUGACAAGGUACAGAAUGGACUCGCGCGCCACACCUUCCCCGAAGCGGGCCCACCGGGACUGUCCAGUAGUCCAUCCCUCCAAAGUCAAAAGGGGGAAACAACGAGUCUCGCAGACCCUGCCAUCGUUGCCCAGCGUACAUCCGAUGUCCCACGAGCGCUUCUUCCCCAAACUCAGGACCGCAAUAAGUCCUCCCCACGACUGGACUCGAACAAUGGCAUUCUGGCUAGCGGCCUUGCCAUAUUGGAUUCCACUCGUCAAUCGCAGACAUCCAGUCCAUCUUUCGACCGCUCCCUAGACGCUUCGAGGGCCGUUGGUCCACGUUCGGGGCCGGGCAAUUUCGGGGUCCCGUCUACUGCUGCGGGACUUCCCGCUCUUCCUCCUGUCGACCUCUCUGCCCCCGCCAAUGCCUUCAACCCUCCUGCAGGUUCUCGUGUCCUGGCUCUCAAGUCACGUGUUCCGUCUGCUAACUCAGGCACGCCUCCUGGCAUUGCUGCCCCUCACGCACAUCCUCUACAGCCCAGCGCCUCCGGUCUCCCGGCCCACCUCGCGGAAGCCGUUCCUAAUGACAUGCAGUUCAGUGCGCCCCGUAUAACCCCUUCGGACUCGUCUCGUGGGAUCAGGAGCUUCUCGCCCCUCAGUAAUGGGACUCAACCUACCGUACCUCUAGAAGAUCUGCGGGAGCAUGUGCAUCCUGGACAAAUGAACGAGGGUUUCCGACGGGCUUCCGGUCCUUCUGCGGCCGAGCGAGCUAUCCUCGGUCUCCCCGGAGAAGGCGGCGCACCGUACGGCGACGUAGGUGGACCGACGUCUAGCGCGUUCCCCCCAGGUGCACCUUUUGACCCGUCUGUGGGCAAUGUUCCUGGUGGCGUGGGCUAUGCGCCCAACAAGGGCAGUCGGUUCGCAAAGUUCUUCGACCAGAAGACGAGAGAUGUUCAGGGACAGGUGCAGGCCGGUGGUCCGCGCCUUACCCAGCAAGUUCCGAAUAUGCCUUCGGCAAUGUCGCAUUCCAACCAGCGACAGGACUCCAUUUCUUUGGGCGGCAUGGGCACACCUCGGGGAGAGCGGACAAUGGAGGACAUCUUCGCAAUGCUGCAGAGCUCAGCGCAGCAUCGGGUUUCGCCUCACUUGCCUCAGCCAAGCCGGAUACCCUCAGGCGGCGGCCACGUUCCGCAGUCUACGCUGGAGUUGCACCUUCUGCAGCAGCAGCAGCUCCAACAGCAACAGCUUGCGCAAAACCGCCUCGAUUCCCUCUACGAGAGCCGUCUCGAUGACAGGAACUUCGUGCCGGAUGGCCUCGUCCCUGGCCUUCGCCCAGCUCCGCCGCGCUCGCGCAGCCGAGGAGAAACCGUUGGCGUCUUGUUCAACGAACAGAUUGACGACCCGCUCCACUUCAACAUACAGCGCCUCACCCAGCAGCGGAACUUGGAGCAAAUGUACAACGCCCCCUUGCAGUCGAUGUAUAACCAACAGCAAGGAGGCUUGCUUCGUAACGGCGGCGGUAUCCCCAUGCAACAGGGCCAGUUCCGCGGCCCCUCGCCCAUCUCUGCUCAGAACCCGCUUCAACCGCCGUCGCAGCGGCUUCCUCCUGGGCUCGCGAAUCUCGGCGGACGCCCACCGCACGACCCGUCUCAGUAUCUCGGCUCAGGCGUCGGCAUCCCAGGUGGUGGUUUGCACGGUGCCAGUCCCGCGCAGCAAGUGUACAACACGUUCACGCAAGGCGGACUCGGGUUCAACGGGAAUCCCCCAAUGCGGGGCCCGUCUGGACCCCAGGCCCCCCUGUCGGUCAACCAGCUGGGCGGGGUGGUCCCGAAUAACAUCGACCUUCGGGCGGCGAACCAAGCGCAGCUGUUGGGCCUCGCGCAGGGCAGCCUAGGCGGUGGAGGCAUGCGCGGCUCCGGCCCCGGGUUCGGACCCCAACAUGGUGGCCCUGGGGGACAGCUGUCGCACGUCGCGAUGCGCCAGCAGCUCCAGCAGCAGCAGCUUCCCCCGCACCUGGUGCAGCAGCUCCUUCCGUCGCACCUACAACAACAGGGGAUUUCUGGAGGUCACGCGCAGACGACGCAGGACUUGAUGGCUCUCUUGAUGGGCGGCCACCGAGAAUGAGCAAUGUACUAUGUGCGCCCUCGCUCAGGCCACUCAGUGGCAGUUGACAGUGGGCGGUAACAGUUCCCGACUCCCGAGGUUCGAGCACGCCAGAGAUGGGCUCCCGCACCGCAAUUGCAAUCAGAACGCAUUUUUGUUAUUGUAUCGUCGAUAUCCCUUUUUCCGUUUGGCCCAUCCAUACUUUCGUUUCAUUCUCGUGUCGUUACGGCUUACCUUCGAUUCUGUAUCUAAUCUUGACGGACGUCUAGCAAACGAACGAUGCCCC